AUGAACCUUCCUUGUUGCCUCCCUCCCUCCCUCCCUCCCUUCCUCCCUCCCUCCCUCCCUCCCUCCCUCCCUCCCUCCCUCCCUCCCUCCCUCCCUCCCUCCCUCCCUCCCUCCCUCCCUCCCUCCCUCCCUCCCUCCCUCCCUCCCUCCCUCCCUCCCUCCCUCUCUCCCUCCCUCCUCCCUCCCUCCCUCCCUCCCUCCCUCCCUCCCUCCCUCCCUCCCUCCCUCCCUCCCUCCCUCCCUCCCUCCCUCCCUCCCUCCCUCCCUCCCUCCCUCCCUCCCUCCCUCCCUCCCUCCCUCCCUCCCUCCCUCCCUCCCUCCCUCCCUCCCUCCCUCCCUCCCUCCCUCCCUCCGUCCCUCCCUCCCCUCCCUCCCUCCGUCCCUCCCUCCCUGCCCCGCAUCCCUCCCUCCCUCCCUCCCUCUCUCCCCCUCUCUUUCUCCCCCCACCCUCCUCCCGCCACCAGCUUCAUACAGCGGCUGGAAGCGCUGGGGAGUCCCCUGGACGAGUGGGUGUAUGCACUCAUGGUGGGGGGCGCCAUGCGUGCUCUGCUCUUCAACCGCUCUCUCAUCAUGCUAUUGCCUUGCCCUCUCUCUCCUCUCUCGCUCUUCCCCCCAACCAGUUUCAUACAGCGGCUGGAGGCACUGGGGAGUCCCCUGGACGAGUGGGCGUAUGCACUCAUGGUGGGGGCCGCACUUAAAGGUGGACACGUGGACGUGGCUGCUUUCGCCGUGAGGGAGAUGGUGCGAAGGGGCAUGCAGCCCAACGCACAGCAGCUCGCUAUAGUGUUGCGGCGGUUACAGAGGGGUGAUGCAGGAGUGGAAGCCUAUCUGGGGCUGUGCGCGGCCCUGGCGGACAUGGUGCGAAGGGGCAUGCAGCCCAACGCACAGCAGCUCGCUAUAGUGUUGCGGCGGUUACAGAGGGGUGAUGCAGGAGUGGAAGCCUAUCUGGGGCUGUGCGCGGCCCUGGCGGACAUGGUGCGAAGGGGCAUGCAGCCCAACGCACAGCAGCUCGCUAUAGUGUUGCGGCGGUUACAGAGGGGUGAUGCAGGAGUGGAAGCCUAUCUGGGGCUGUGCGCGGCCCUGGCGGACAUGGUGCGAAGGGGCAUGCAGCCCAACGCACAGCAGCUCGCUAUAGUGUUGCGGUGGUUACAGAGGGGUGAUGCAGGAGUGGAAGCCUAUCUGGGGCUGUGCGCGGCCCUGGCGGACAUGGUGCGAAGGGGCAUGCAGCCCAACGCACAGCAGCUCGCUAUAGUGUUGCGGCGGUUACAGAGGGGUGAUGCAGGAGUGGAAGCCUAUCUGGGGCUGUGCGCGGCCCUGGCGGACAUGGUGCGAAGGGGCAUGCAGCCCAACGCACAGCAGCUCGCUAUAGUGUUGCGGCGGUUACAGAGGGGUGAUGCAGGAGUGGAAGCCUAUCUGGGGCUGUGCGCGGCCCUGGCGGACAUGGUGCGAAGGGGCAUGCAGCCCAACGCACAGCAGCUCGCUAUAGUGUUGCGGCGGUUACAGAGGGGUGAUGCAGGAGUGGAAGCCUAUCUGGGGCUGUGCGCGGCCCUGGCGGACGUGGGGUUGCUGGAGCCCACCUUCACCUCAAAUCCACCUCCCUUCCCCUCUUCUCCUCUCCCCCUCUCUAUCAUGGCACACAGAUGGUGCGAAGGGGCAUGCAGCCCAACGCACAGCAGCUCGCUAUAG